GCUGCUGUUCGUCUUGAAGGAGAUCACAGAAUCACAGAAUCACACAGUCACAGAAUCACAGAAUCCCGGAGCAGCUGCGCUUCUCGUUUCUCUUCUGAUCGGCUCUUCACAGACAAUCACUUCUUCUCUCCUCCAUCACUGCAACUCAGGAUCUACAACUUUCACUCAGUGCUGAGCGGAGACUCGAACAGAUUGCUGGUCACCAUGAGCGCCUGCAGCAGGAAGGCCCUGACUUUGCUGAGCAGCGUCUUUGCAGUCAGCGGCCUGGGGCUGCUGGGAGUGGCCGUCAGCACCGACUACUGGUUGUACCUGGAGGAGGGCGUCAUCCUGCCUCUGAACCAGAGCACGGACAUCAAGACGGCGCUGCACUCGGGCCUCUGGAGGGUCUGCUCCCUCGCUGGGGACGAGUCUGGUCGGUGUUUUACCAUCGAGUACAUCAUGCCCAUGAACGUCCAGCUGACGUCCGAGUCCACGGCGAACAUGCUCAAGAUGAUCCGCUCAGCCACUCCCUUCCCUCUGGUCAGCCUGUUCUUCAUGUUCAUCGGUUUUGUCCUCAGCAACAUCGGGCACGUGCGACCACACCGCACCAUCCUGGCCUUCGUCUCUGGAAUCUUCUUCAUCCUCUCAGGUCUGGCUCUGGUGCUGGGCCUGGUGCUGUAUAUUUCCAGUAUCAAUGAUGAAAUGUUGAACCGGACUAAAAGCAGUGACGCCUAUUUUACCUACAAUUACGGCUGGUCCUUUGCCUUCGCUGCCAUCUCCUUCCUGCUCACUGAGAGUGCGGGUGUCAUGUCCGUCUACCUGUUCAUGAAGCGCUACACAGCCGAGGAGAUCUACCAGCCUCACCACCCCGGCUUCUACCGCCCUCGUCUCAGCAACUGCUCCGGCCACUCGGGCCAGUUCCUCCACCCACAGGCCUGGUCCCGUGGACGCAGUCCCUCAGACAUCUCCAGCGACGCCUCGCUCCAAAUGAGCAUCAGCUACCCGGCCCUUCUCAAAUGCCCCGACUACGCCCAGGUCUCCUCUUCACCCUGUUGAGGCCUCUUCCAUCACAGCAGAGGGCACCUGAAGGUUACUGGAGGGUCGUGGAAGAUCCAGGUAGGGUCAAAAGUUCAGAUGAAGACAGAGCCUUCCUUCGAGAAAAAACUGCAAUUGAAGAUUGAAGAGGGUUUUUUCAUUGAGAAAAUAAAAAAAAUAUUCGAAGCCUGGUUUGCAGCCCUCUUGAAUUUGGUUUUGAAACAGAGUCUACAUCUGAGCUGGAGGCCCAGUUGAAAAUUGCCAUUCGUUCUUGGAAAAAGUCUCAAAUAGGUAGAGUCGGAACAGUAGAUUAGUUCUGAAAUCUGAAUCUGAAAAGGAGAGACAUUAUUUUUGAUUUAUUUUGGUCGUUUGAUCAUUUUCUCCACGUCACUGCAUUUCUAAAAACUACCUGACAGCAAGCCGUCCACAUUGGGCUCCUCCAGUCCUCCUGGCAAAAUGUCUACAAACCUAACCCCAACAUUUCGACCCUCAACCCUGCUGAAGUGAACUUAAUCUGUAGCUACUGACUCUGAUUUAAAUUCAAAACAACCUUAUUUGUCCCCUGACAUGGAGCAUGUCAAGACAACAAGUAAAAACCAGAACGCAACGAUGACAUCAGUGCAGCAGUUACAAAUCAGAGAGUAGGGUACGUGUAAAAGGACGGGGAACAGGGAAACAGCUUUGAAAACUGAUGUGUAAAUAAAUACUGAAUGAUUCAAGUGAUCUUCAUACAAGUCAUGCAGACAUAUAUGAUAUAGAGUGAAGUUGAAUGAAUAAGCUGUGUACAGGACCAGGUAGCAGCAGAUGAAUAAAUACUGUAGCGUGUGAAUAAAUGUAUAUACAGCAGAUGUGUCACAGCAGCGAUGUUAAACUGCCAGUGCAACAGACUCAGACUAUAGCUGAGCACAUCAGGACUGAGCCAGAUGAGAUCACACAGAUUUGUUCUAUAUAGAUUUUUAUAUAAAUUGUCCGUUGUACAUUAUUUUUAAUUCGUAGUGAGAGUUCCUGUGAAGACGCUGGUACAUAGAAGGUGUUAUUGAUGGUGAUUGAUUGACUGAUUCUUUUGUGUAGCAUUAAAAACCUUUGGUACAGAGUCUGAAUUCAUUUGUUAAUACCUUCCAUCAAACUGCUAUGCUUCAUUAUCCCACUGAGGGGCAGUAUUUUCUUUCUAUUUAUUAUUAUUUUAUUUAAUUGACAUUUAACCUCCACAUGUUUCAGUUAAAACAGUUUUGUUUCAGUUGCACAGUUCUCAAAAAUAUGUUGUUCACGCUUUUUCUUGUUCUCCCGCAGAAUUCAAAAGUACACGUGUAUUUAAAUAUCAUCCGUUGAUCCAGUG